AUGGCUGAGCUUCCUCCCGACCCAAUGCUGCAGCUGAGCGCUGACCCCAGCUUUCACUUUGAAAUUCUCCGGACCAUGGCCAUGACCGCGUACGAGGGCGCCGAUCUGGGGGAGGUUCUCGUCGCCGCUCCCCAGAUAGUGCCGAGCGACUUUGAGAGCUUCUAUGCUGCAUUCAACGCCCUUGCGUCGCGAGUCGACAAAGUUGCGCAGUCAAUCGACUCUAAGAGACACCCGUCAUCCGCUCGUAGCAUGUACUUCAAGGCUGCGACUUACUAUGCCUCAGCCGAUUUCUACCUCCACGGCAACUGGUCCGACGAUCGUAUCUACUCUCUCUGGGACAAGCAUCUGUCAGCCUUUGAUGCCGCCAUGGCGCUGAUGUCACUGCCAGGGACGAGGAUUACCUUGCCGUCGAAAGAUUCGGAAUUUUCCAUCCCAGCGAUAUUUUUCUCCGCUGGUCUACCUGGACGUCGCCCUACGCUUAUCAUCGGCAAUGGUUUUGAUGGCUCUCAAGAGGAAAUGUACCAUGUCAUUGGCAAGGCCAUCCUGGAGAGGGGAAUGAAUGUUAUUACAUACGAAGGUCCUGGUCAGCCAACAGUUCGUCGUAAACAGAAUUGCGGCUUCAUCGCUGAUUGGGAAAGAGUCGUGUCCCCCGUCGUUGAUUGGGCGCUCAAACAACCAGAGAUUGACCCCAAAGCAAUCGGCUUGCUAGGAUACUCGCUCGGCGGCUACUUGGCACCGCGUGCCGCGGCAUUCGACAAGCGCAUCAUGGCUGUUCUCGCCAUCGACGGUGUGACCGAUUACGGUCGCAGAGCUCUAACCAGCUACCCUUCCGAUGUUCAAGCGCUCUACCAUGAAGGUCAACAACGGGAAUUUGACGUGGCUGCUGCUAAGUUCUUCCAGCAAGAUAACAUUCCCACGGCCAAAAGAUGGGCAUAUGAGCAUGGCAAAUUUUCAUUCAACACCGAGUCGCCCUUUGAGCUGGUGACGAAGAGAAUGGCCAUGAACUUGGAAGGUCACUACGACCAGAUCCAAGUGCCAGUCUUUGUGGCUGACGCUGACAGAGAAACAUCUUUUCCGGGCCAAGCAAGGGAGCUUGCUGAUGCACUUGGUGACCGAGCAACAUAUAGACUCUUCACGUCGGAGGAGGGUGCCGGCGCUCACUGCUCUCUGGGUGGCGCUGUGCUGUUGAACCAGGUAGCAUUAGACUGGUUUGAGGAUGUGCUGGAAGAGAAGAACAGUCGGCAUCCUUGCGAAGAUCUUUAA